UUAUGUUUUAUGGUUAUAUUUGCGAUUUAAUCGAUGGGUACCUUGUGACCGGUGGUAUUACGGUUUUAAAUGUAGUAUUUGUAUAUAUAGGCCAUCAAAUCCAUCAUGCUUCGGCAGUUAGCUUGAUAUAGAGGUCACUUCGCACAACAAUACUCUAAUUAAUCACCAUGUAUCGACUAGGUCGUGGAGAUUCAUCAAGCGGUAGCAUCACACGUAGCAGUAGUCGCACGACAAGUGGAAAUACUACUCCAUCAAGAUCACCUUCCAGAUCAAUAUCAAACGAUAGUAAUACGGUAGAAUUAGAAGCUCAUGAACAACCAAGGAAAAGGCGAUUUUUGCAACGCUGGGAAGAUGAUGAUGUGUCUCAAGCCCAACCAGUAACUUCCUCGAACACCAAGCGAGACCCAUCCCCGGAGAAAUUACCAUAUGUAUAUCAGCAGUCUGAAAUGAUAAGGAUAUCCCAAGAUAUCAUUCGUAAAUGUGAUUCGGAAGACCAGUUGAUAUCCUUUUUCCAAAUUUUAGACAGGGGAGAAUAUUUUGAUCUGUCGUUACUCUCUGAUUUAAAGUUGAGAAAGAAACUGAGGCAUCUAGCAAAAGCUCUUUACUUGGAGAGAGAUGGUCAAAAAUUUAAAACACCACCCGAAUGUAAUAUUUCACUUGUCUCAACGUUUAAGGAAUUAUUACCAUACAUAAAGAUAAAAGCAAAUGCUCAAGGCCCAUACAAACGCGCUAGGGUUACUGAAAACCCACUAACAGAAAAGGUUGAUGCGAACUUUCAUCCAAAACUCUCCACAUCCGAGGCAUCAGAACUUUUAAGUCUGCGGGAGAUGCACGAACAGGGAUUUUUUGUAGAUUAUGAAAAUGUCCAAAAGGAAUUUAUGAAAAAACAUCAACAACUUGACGUUUGGGGUAAGACUGCGGAGCAGCAAAAGGUUAUAUUAGCAUCUAAAGACAAGGGUUCAAAUUCUGAUGAUGAACAACCUUGGCGUGUCUUUGACCGCGAAAGGGACCUUGAAUCUGGGAAUAAGAUAGGUCUUAAAGAAUACAAAAAGUUGUUGGUGUCUAACAAGGAUUUUCACAAGAAUUUUGAUUCAGUUUCCAAUUCGACUUCCUUCCUUUAG